AUGGUGGCAGAGGAGAUUGUGGUCUCCAUCUCAGGAGGAGCCCCAUGGGGUUUCAGACUGCAAGGAGGAGCGGAGCUGCAAAAGCCUCUACAGGUGGCAAAGAUACGCAGGCGCAGCAAAGCAUGCCGAGCCGGGCUGAAGGAGCUUGACGAGCUUGUUGCUAUUGGUGACCACAUGUGUGCAGAGCUCAAUCACGCUCAAGCCAUGAACCUAAUAGAUAAAGAGAGUGGCACCCUGAACCUGAAGGUUAAAAGGACUUCCUCUGGAUUUCACUCCUCUUCUUGCUCAGAUCACUCUUCAUUGCUUCAGUCCUCUGUGAGGGUCCUGUCUCCUCCUGUGGCCCUCCUAAACAGUUCCUCCUUUCUUCCUGCCGAGUUACCCAGGGGUGUCACAUCCCCUCCAGACAGUGAGGCCUAUUACGGAGAAACAGACAGUGAUGCAGACACACAUUUGCACAUGCACCAACGUCGUCAGCGACGCACUUCUCCUCAUGCACGCCCACCUGCACGCACCGACAACCAAGAAGAAGAAACAUCGGAGAUGAGCGGAUACGAGAGUGCAACAGACGCAGGAGUUUCCCUGCAGUGGGACAAUCGGUGUGUUCCUGGAGUUCCUCGCCGAGAACUGAUCUACCUGCCUCACCAAACAGAGUGGACCACUUCUGCACACACCCCACACACUCUCACCCCUCACACACUCACCCCAACCCCUGAUCAGAGUGGGGUGGAUGCAGAAGGAGAAGGGGACAGUGGUUUCCAGGAGGCGGGGGGCUGCAGUGCACCUGUCUGCCCUCCUUUAGUUUCCCCAGAACGGGUAAAGGAAGCGCUGAAGUUGGGCUCCGGUGAUCAUCUGGUGCCCAUGGUGGGACCACAGCUGACCCCCGUAAGGGAUGAACUCUCCAUCACCUACAUGGACAAAGCUCGACAAGCCAAGUUGCAACGUGGAGAGAGCGUGGUGGAGAAACAGGUGAAAGAAGCUCGAUCUAAGUGUCGCUCUAUUGCGUCGUUGCUGACUGAUGCUCCCAACCCCAAUUCGAAAGGGGUGCUUAUGUUCAAGAAACGAAGGCAGAGAGCCAAGAAGUACACACUAACCUGCUUUGGCAAAGCUGAGGGAGACAAAGGAGGGGAAACAGAGGGAGAGACAGAGGACGAAGGAGGAAGUUUAAUUCUAAGUGGCUCAGAAGUAGAGGAAGAGGGAUUCUCUAGCUCUUUUGACUCUACAUGGGAUUCUGGCUAUCUUGAUUUGCUGGAAAGGAGAAGCUCUGCCUGUCCAUCAAUCACACCAACUACUCCAACAACACCAAACUGUAGCACAAAAGUAGACAUCUCAGCCUAUCCAACCCCAGGACUUGAGACUUUUGAAAAUCAACACCCAGGGUUGGAAAGCUCACCCAGUCACAACUCACGGAUUGAAAGAGGCAUCAAGAAGCAGACGAUCAAAAACGACAUGUCUCCUCUAGCUGUGGCUCUAACCAAUGGGGGUUCAGUUGCUGUAAGUCGGGGGAGUGUUUUCCUGAGCCCAACCUCUGAGGCAUCCAAUCAAACUCAAAAUGGGCCCCAUAGCAACUCCAACAAUACUCCUAACAUUGAUUUUAGUCCAAGCUCAAGCAUAGACAUGCACAAUAAUUCUACCUUUAAUCCUAAUCCCAGUGUCCUUAACCGCACUGCCCGCCCCUUCACCCCUGGCUCAUCCCCUUCUCAUGCCUCUGUAACCUCCGUGAUGUUUCGCCCUCCCCAACCCAAACCCACACCUCUAACCAUGGCACCCAAACCUGUGGCAGCAAUCUCCAUGGUGACAAUCUCGCCUACUCAACAUUCGUCAGGGCCAGAUGCGAGGAGGGCGGUGUCUAGCACUUCUCUUUAUAUCCCUCCAAGAAAUAACAGUAACACUUCCCCCUCUGUUAACUCACCCCCAUCAGCUCUUUCACCUCCCUCCUCUGUGUCAACACCUUUCUCUCAGCCUCCUUCUACAAAUCCACCUCCUGCAGUGCAUGCCUCUCCCUCAAGCCCAGUCUUGCACUCUGCUCAAACCUUUUCUCCACCAUAUAAUUCUCUUUCUGUUCCUCAUUCAUCUCCUCCCACUUGUAUUCCAGCUCCUAUUCACAUUUUCCCAUCAAAUACCCCUUCAGGUUUGACUCGGGUCUCAUUCCCUACUUCUUCUGCUAACCAACCCUCUCUAACCCCAUCUGCCAACUCCUACAAUGACAUGACAGUGACUUCAACACCUCCUCCUAGUGCUCCUGUUAAUGACCCACUGGUUACACGUGAGCAACGCAUUUCGGUCCCGGCUGCUCGCACCGGCAUUCUGCGCGAUGCUCGUUGUCGUAGUAGCAAGAAGCCAAUGUUCAGUGCACUCCAAAGCAAAGAUGUUUCUCCAAAUCCAGACUUGCUGUCAAUGGUUCAGAACAUGGAUGACCACUUUGAGAGAAGUCCGUGUGUUGAAACCGUCGCUCCCAGCACAGAAGCUGGUCAUGAAUCUGGACCUGAAGAGGACUGGCUCAGGCUUGGGGCAGAGGCCUGUAACUUCAUGCAGGCUCAGCGAGGACCCAGACCACCACCUGUUGCUCCUAAACCACAGGCCCCUCAGGUACUUCAGCUUGCAGGAAAAGGAGGUCAGCUGUUUGCUAGAAGACAGAACCGGAUGGAUCGAUAUGUUGUGGAGCGAUCGCCAUCCGUUGCUGCAGCCCCUUACUCACCUGCUCAAACCAGGGAGCCCUCACCCACACCUUCCCUCCCUGCCACCUGGAAGUACUCAUCUAACAUCCGUGCUCCACCCCCCAUUAACUACAACCCCCUCCUCUCUCCUUCCUGCCCUCCAAAGGCUCAGAAAAAACCUGAAGUGAAAAAUUCUGGGACAACGAGAACUAAAGGGCAGAAAGGAGGCAUCAAGCCUGUGGACGUGAUGAACCACCAGCCCUACCAGCUUCACUCCUCCCUCUUCAGCUAUGGAGGCGGUGUUCCCCAGGACACCUCCAACCAUAGUCAGCAGAGAGGUGGUCCUUCGAAGACAGCACGAGUUUAUGAGGUAAAGCGAUUCUCAACACCACCUCCAACAGCCACGAUGUCCACUCCCAAAGUUAUUGUACCCCGUUCUGCUACCACACUUGGGGAACCACUGAGGUACUCUGAUGCCAUACUUUCUCCACCCACCAUUGGUGCCACCCCCUUCCAAAACCAACAUCCUUCACCCCAGCCAUACCAACCUCAAUGGGCCUCCUCCCCACUGUCUUCUCCAGUGCCUCCUGCCCCUACCGUCCCACUCCCUCAGCUUCCUACCUUCUCCUCUCCGCCUGUUCCAAAGCCAGUUCAGCCUCCUACGUUUUCCCAACCUCAGUCCCCAGCUGCUCCGCAGGCCAACAAGCAUUUUAAAAGUGCCCCAGAUCUAAGUCCUCUGGGUCCCACGAGUUCCUCUCAGCAGGGAUGCAGCAGCUCUCAAACCACCAGGGUCCCCAGGCCUCGGUUCAGCACUUCUAACCUGGGUCUGCAGCCUUCUGUAUGGCGUCCAGGAUCCACUAUGCACUGAACAGAGCUUCAUCUGGGUGGAACAAUUUAGUGCUCAGUGGGAGCAAAGAUCCAUGUGAUUUUAGCUAAGUUUUCUUCUUAACUGACCUUUUAUUAGUUGUAUUGUAAUCACUCAUUUUCUGUUUGUGUUUAGUCCAGUUUGGAGUCACGGAGGGCUGGUGUCGAUCCCACUAAACAAUGGGCAGGCAGGGUAUACUCUGGAAAGUUUGCCUGUCCAUUAUUUUUAUUAUUAUUAUUUCAGCAAGGAGGUUAAAUCAUUCACAUUUUAUCACAAGAUAUUAUUGCAUUAGCCUCACAUGUAGCAUUUUUUUUUGUUUAAUCUUGUUUAUAUCUCUUUUAUUUGGUUGAGCAAUAUUACAAGGGAUUCAUACGUCUGAGAACAGAACUUUAGAAUAGAAACCUAAGGAGCAGGGUGAUUGUGCAAAAAGAAUGAGGGAAAAUGAAAUAGUGAUCUGUAAAUAUUAUUCAAAAGGUAAAGUUUAACCCUAAAAAAGAGGAAUAGAGGAUGUGUUAGGAGAAGAAUACUUCAAGAGGGAUACAGUAUGAGAAAAGUUCAACAGGAAGCAGAGAUGAAGAGCACAGAAAAAAAUGUUUGAUGUGUUUCGAUA